AUGAAACACCGUACAGCUAGUAUCAAUAAAUAUUCAUCACCAGGUCGUCACUCACUGCCACGUAAAAAAGUGACAAUUAACACACGUGAUACAUACCAAGGUGGUCAAUACUCACCAAAUUUACAAAUACAACGUGGAGGAACACAAUUUAAUCGCAAUGGUUUAUCACAAAUACAGAUACAACACAGACAUCAGCACAAUCAUUGUCAUGUUAAGGAGGACAGUAGUUUUGAAUAUUUUGUGCCAAGAAGUGUCAGUGAUUUUAACUUAACGAGUGAUGUGCAGGAUAUUGCUGUUACACUACCCCAAUCUGUAUUAAAAAAUUACAGUACUGUUACAUCAACAUCAUCGCAAAUAAAUACUCCAAUUAUUUGUGCGCCAAGUGCUACUUCGAGGCAGGAUAAUUGUGGAACAAUUGGGACCAGGAGUCGUGAAAAAAUGGUUACAUUCGAGGAUGAGGGCUGUCCAGGCUCAACUCCAACCAGAAAAAUUCACGUACCUAAUUUAGAUAAUGUUUUCAUGUGACCCAUGUACACCAAGAUACAGUGAAUUUAUCGAUAUUCGUUUGGAAUUUUUUUUUUCGUCGCAUCAGGAAGAUAAGAAUAAGGAUUUUGUUUUACAUAUUUUUUUGCUGGAUAGUAGGGGAUGGGGUUGAAGAGAGUUUCGAAAUUUCAGAGUGAACUUAUGGGUUUUAGAGGAUUUAUUAAUUAAUGGGGAGCUAGAAUGGAGGGAGUUGGUGGGAAUUUUUCACAAAUCGAUUCCCAUCUCGUUAUUUGCGAAAUAAAAAAUUAUUUCCACCCGGAGAAUUGAGAUUUUAUGUAAAGUGUGACAUUGUUGCUAUUGUUUUCCAGAGUUUUGGCUUAAAUUGCCGACUGAAAUAGGAUGAUAACGAUUUUUUUUUCCUUUUUUCUUUCGCUUUCGACUACUGCGAAAUAACGGGGGAUAUAUCGAGUAACUGAAUUUUUUGGUGUGAAAAAAACGUUUUCAGUGAAUACUUUUUUAUGGAGAGGUGGAGCGUUUCCCCUAUUGUAUAUGAAAAAAAUUUAAGCUUCGUGAAUCCCUCCAUUCGCGCACCAAAAAAUAGCUGCAGAGUUUUAAAUUGAAAUUUUAUCCUAAUUAUUGAUUGCACCAGAGAGUACUGGGUUUCAUUUGAGAUAAAAACACGAUGAUUUGUCGUUCACUCGACUGUUCUCACUUUCAACAUUUACGUUGAAGAAUUGGAACUUCAGAGAUCGAUUAAUUUACGAAAAUAAUAAUGUUAAGGUAUUAAAUUGUAAUUUACUUUAAUUCUCGCUCGAAUCAGAGAGUAUUUCAUUGCAAAACAAAACGAGAAUUUUUCCUUUCAUGUUACCGAGUUGAGCCAUUGAAAACUGGAUAAAUGAAAAAUAUUUCACCGUGAAAAUAAUUUUUUCCAUCAAUCCAAAAAAUAAUGCAGGGAUGUAGAAACUUUUCAUUCACAAAAAAAAAGAACUUUUGUCAUAACGCUGAAUUCAACUUGAAUAUUAAAAAAUUGGAACCAGAAUUUUCCACAAAUAUUCACUGACAUAUUUCAGUCAUUAAUUUUGUUAAAAACACCUGUGAAUAACUGAGAACAAGUGAAAAUUUUUUUAAUACUUCAGAUCACAAAUUAUUUGCCGCACAAAACUUGCAACAAUUCACACUAAUUUUUUAAACAGCUGAUAGACUUCAACCAGUAAACUAAAAUCCAUUUCAACAGCUCUAGCUAAUUAAGGUCGCGACUGAAAAAGAUCAGCUCAUCACCUGACCCAUUAACAGUAAAAUUAAAAUGUACAACGCCCUCCAAUUCAUCUCAUUUCUUCAUAAAUACCGACUAGACAGACACAGAACAUACGUAACGAGACGUAAACGUUUAUUACGUUAUCAUCAUUUUCCACGUUUAACAGUAAUUUAAUUUUAAAAUUUUCGUCGAACAUUUCAUCACGAGUCUGGGGCUAAAUCCGAUUGAAAACUUUUUGGCACAGCCCCUUCCCUCUUUCCACCCCUCCCUAUCAUCACUACACUCUAAUUAAUGAAAUAAUCCCCUUCCCCCCCCCUCCCUCGAUUCUCCAGUACCACCCCCCGGAGUCCCCCGCACUUCACUUAACUAUCGCUAAUUUACUACAUCUAGUGUUGAACUAUUCCAAACAAAAAUAAAAAUUGAGAAACAAAAUUAUGUGAAUAACUGUAGUUGAAUCGGUGGAAGUAAAAAGACACGAGAUAACCGACUACUGCGACAAAAGAAGAAUAAAAAAAACUGUCACAUUGAUAAUGAGACUAAAUAAACACCCCAGGAUCUACAUUAAGUGAUGCAAUAAUGAUAUACCUUGUUACCUAGAUGAAUUAUGUAACGACGUAAACCAUGUAAUCGUAGAAGUCAAAAUUAGUUAAAAAGAGGGAAUAAUAAUCUGUAACUGAGACAGCAUAACACUAUCGGCCGAAAAGUUUAUCGACAAUGAUGGGAAAAAAGCCAAGAGAAUAAAAAAAAAACUUGAAAUUGUAUUUAUAUCGAUUGUAAAGAGUUUGCAAAGUUUUCUGCAAUGAGAUAAAAAAAAUAA